AUGCUGUGGCUGCUGCUCUGCCUUCUUCCCGCCUCAGUGGGCUGCAACACAAUCCAGCUUCCCUACCAGUCCGGAGACCGGCAAGCAGCGGGCGAGGUUGCCGUGACAACCAGGCCUCACAUCUACUACUGCCGCUCACCCAACAUGGAAGUGUUCACCUGCUGGUGGCAUCCACUGGCCAACCUGACGGAUGGCGAGGAGGUCACCUACGUGCUCACCUAUUCCAAAGACAAAGGGACCAAACGAGAGUGUCCGGACUACGUGAGCGCAGGUGCCGACAGCUGCCAUUUUGACAGCAGCCACACGUCCAUAUGGAACUACUACUGCAUGAACGUCACUGCGGUAACGGCCCACCGAAAUUUCACGUCGCAGGAGCACUGCUUGGACGUGGCUGAGAUUGUUCAGACCGAAGCACCGGUUAACCUAACGUACGACCUGAUGGACGCCGGCGGGGACGAGAUGGGUCAUGACCUUCUGCUCUCCUGGGCUUAUCCGGUGCCCUCCGACCUGAAGUACGGUUGGAUUACACUGGUGUACGAGCUGCAGUACAGACUGGUUAGCGAGCCUGACAAGUGGAAGGUCAAGGAGUCACUGCGAGAGCCUCAAGUCAAACUGCUCGGCGUCUCCGUCAACGACUAUGUGGUUCGCGUCCGUUGUCGCUCACACAACUAUGGCCUUUGGAGCCAAUGGAGCAAGCCGAUACUUGUGAGCGUUCCCGCCCGGGCCCCGGCAGAUAAACUGCUGGUGCUCAUUCUGGUGAUGAGCGUCAGCGUGGUGGUGCUGUUGGCCAUCGCCGUGCGUGUCCUUCCACAGUGUGUCAGAGUAAAAGACUUCUUCCUGCCGCCUAUUCCAAAACCGCGCAUCAUUGGUAUUGACCCACGGCUCCUGAAGAAAGGGAACUUGGAUGAAAUCAGCCACCACCUCACUACAUUCCACUGCUUCAUGCCUCCCAGCUUCAUGGAAACAGAGGUGUGGGAUCAGGUGACCCCUGACAACAUCCACCUUGCCACACCCAAAGAGUGCCCACUUCCCACCGAGUCGCCCAGCCAGGCGUCGGGUGCCUUCAUCGUCCCAAACACCUUGACGGCCACCCCGACAUACCAUCCAGCCGGCAGCCUGAAGAGCCCCUACUGCAUGUCUCCUCCUCAAGCGUUUGCGCCACCGGCGGCGCCGCCUGCCUGGCCGGGUAUUGAUUACGUGCCAGGGAGCGGCUACAGCACCACCAGCCAGCCCACAGAACCACCGGCCGCCAUUACCAACGUGUUCCAGCGGCAGGGUUUCUACAGCUGUGUACAGCUCAUGCGGGACAGCCACGAGCUGCAUUUGGUGCCUUGCCUGCCUCCGGCGUAUUGCGAGCUGCCGACUCUCCCCAAGCCGGAUGCGAAGGCAAAGGACGAAGAAAAAGGCGGAUGA